AUGAAGCUCAGUACCCAGCUUUUUACAUUUGUAUUCUGCAGCCUUCUAUGGGGCGUUUCCUCCGGAUCGUCGCCAAAGACAGCGUACUUCUCCGCCUAUGCAACAGUUGAGGAGAACACACUCUACAUCCAAGGCGGAACCAACCUGGAAUACGUCGAAUCCCCCUUGGUCCGAGGUCACCACCGUCGGCCUCAUUCCAGCGGGGCUCAAGGCCUGGACUCAUUCGAUGUCGCUAUUACGGAACCAAAAGACUUUGACAUUCUGAACAUAAAUGGCUCUAUCUCCUACGCUGCGAGUUUUCACCUGGACACCAACUCAUGGGAAGAACUACCCGGUCUUCCCUUGAUGAAGCAGGGACUUGAUGUUCAACAAAUGUGCACAGCAGCGACGGACCCCAAGACCAAUGUGGUUUAUAUCCCUGGAGGCGCAGACAUGGCUAUGCUGUCAUAUUCGCCUGCUUCAAGAUCCUCAACCAAACUUCCAAUGGAGCGAAGAGCUACAAACACGACAUUUUGGACCUACAACGGGACCAAGAUGCUUGUCUUUGGAGGAGUUGAUGCUUUUGCUCUGGAAUAUAUUGAUAUCCUGUACAUCCUCGACGUCCCAACCAUGACUUGGAGCCAAGGGGCAAAAUAUCAGCCACGGCUGGGAAUGUGGACGACACAGUUUAUCGACAAAAAAACCUCUAGCGACAACAGUAAUAAGAACGCUGCUAUCAUUGGCGGUUCAGUUGGUGCGGUGGUAGUCACCAUUUUGAUUGCCGGCGUGGUGGCCUUCAGGACGAGGUGCCGAUUCCGUGGACCCUCCCCCGUGGCGGACCUCCAUAUCGCCCUCACAGAGAAUUCGAUCCGUGUCGUCGUCCCGAUCAACAUCAGCACUUGUCGUCAUCCCCACCAUGCCCGCUUCCCCUCGAUAUCCUUCAUACCAGCAACAGCAUCGUUCGCCUCAGCAGCAACAACAGCAUCAGUCAGUUACUCUCAGUCCUCCAACUCGACGAACCACGCGGAACCCUCAAGGCCGUAA